AGCCCGAUGGUUUCACAGUUUCAGUCAAGUGUAAAAAAAAAAACAAGUUGCAAUUUAGCCAUAACAAAACGGCAACGACGCUUCCGCUGGCGUCUGUUGCUACACGCUCAGUUGCAACGAUUAAACAUAUUGUAAAUAAUAAUCUCUAAGACAAGGACAAGCAACAACAAGAUUAUCGUGGAGCUGGCACAGACCACAAAUACGGUCAGCUGUUACCUGAGGAUAAGUCAGUCUACCGUUAUGCCUGGCACGGCCUCAAAAGCUCUUGUUGUUGUUGUGGUUGUUGCACAAACGAUCGCGCGCUUUGCGUGAACUGGAAACGAGUACGUGUAACGAGUAUCAAGUAUAAAAUACUCGUGAUUUCAAGCUGUCUGUCGCCUGGCUCUCUUCUACUUCAACUUCCUCUACUUGACGCUCUCUAUCUCUGUCUCGCUCAAUUUCUCUCUCUCUCACUCAGACACUCUCCGUGUGCGUCAACAAUGUAUUCAGCGGUGCGCACCCACGACUACGACUAUCCAGAGUCGGAAAUGGACGAGCGCGAGAGUCUCUACUUUGAUACGAUCUCGCUGGCCGAAUCGGAGGCAGCGGCAGCAGCGGCCCAUCGUAAAUCGCUCUCCCAGUCGCGUAAUACCAUUUACCACUCGGCUGUGGAUCUGGCUGGUGAUGAGACGCGUAACAGUUUACGGCUUGGAGCGGAGCAUAUGCGAUUAGCCUGGCAGCCGGGCUAUCGACAGUCGACGGCGUUGGAGCAUUUAAAUGGUGUUGAUCACACGGAUGCCGCAAUUGCGGCACAGGUGCUAGCAUUACAAAAUGGACGGACACAUCUACCCACCGGCAUUGGUGUUGGCAUGGGAAUGGGCAUGGGGCAUGGAGGCGGAGGCGGCGGCGGUGGAUAUGGUCACAGCGUUACUGGUGGCAUCGGCGGAGGCGGUGGCGAUGAUGAGGUCUCUAGACGUCUAUUAAGACAAAGUAGCACAGUUUCGAAUAAAGAUAAGAAAUUGCCAAUUACAUACUCCCAGUGGAAAUUGAGGACUUAUCGACGCUUUAACGAUGGCAAACGCAGCGUGGACUUUGUGUUGGCCUAUAAUGGCGAGGAUCUGGACGAGGCGGCGGCCAAUAAGCGUAAAAUCUUUGAGGCUAAUUUAAUGCGAGAGGGUAUACAGCUGGAAUACUAUAAGGAGCAAUGGGUGCACUUCAUCAAGCUGCAUGCACCACCCGAUGUACUCUAUCGGUAUGCGGAAAUCCUAAAGAUCAAGAUGCCAUUAAAGCCCAUUCCGGGGCAGGAGCAAAUAAUAGCGGAUACUUCGCAUGAGUUUAACACAUGGCUUAGUCGCAUUUGUCGCAGUCUCUUCAGUUCCGUGCAAUUGAAUACGGCAAUAUUUCCGGAACGCGAACAACGCAUUCAUAUGGAAUUCGCGUACAAAUAUUUGGAAUUAUAUGAUAAGGAGCAUCCGAACUUUUUCGAUCCCAGCACACGAUAUUCCAUUAUAAAUUUUGUUAUGCAACGACAGCAUUUUGAAAAGGGUGAAGAAAAGGCUGACAAUCUGGGCAUCGAGAAGCUCGUCGAGGAUGGCGUCUAUCUAUGCGCCUAUACACUGCACGAUAAAGAUCGACGCGGUGACCUGCUCAAAGAAUGGGCCAACAUUUGCAAAUGGAAAAACCUGCAGCCGCUGGACUAUGUAAAGGAUUAUUUUGGGCCCAAGGUAGCGAUGUACUUUGCCUGGCUCGGCUUCUAUACACAAAUGCUGAUCCCUGUCAGCGUUUUGGGCAUUCUUUUCUUUUUGUACGGCUUCGUGACGUGGUCAAGCGAUCCAAUUAGUCAGGAUAUAUGCAAUGACACCGAGACAAUCAUGUGUCCACAGUGCGAUCGAGGCUGUAAUUUUUGGCAUCUCAAUGAGACGUGUACGUCGUCCAGGUUCAACUAUUUGAUAGACAACAAAAUGACGGUUGUUUUUGCCUUUGUGAUGGCCAUUUGGUCUGUGGUGUAUUUGGAGUUUUGGAAACGCUAUUCAGCGGGUCUGGUACAUCGUUGGGGUCUUACCGGUUUCAAUCAUCAUGUUGAGCAUCCGCGACCUCAAUAUCUGGCCAAGGUAUCGAAAUCGAAGCGCCUUAGUGCGAAGAUGGAGGAGGCAAAGGCCACCUUCGAUCCCGAUGUGCCGUUUUGGAGCAUCAAGUUUUGGCCAAACUUUACCAGCUACAGCAUCAUGGUGUUAUUUAUCUGCAUAUCAGUGAUCGCUAUAUCGGCGAUCAUCAUCUAUCGCAUGGCACAGCGCGCCUCGCAUAGCAUUUUGGCCAAUGAAAACUCAAUGACAUACAAGAUAAUGGUUUUACCCAUUACAGCUGGUUUCCUUGAUCUGAUUGUUAUAUCCAUACUAGAUCUGGUCUAUAGCAAUCUGGCGGUUAGACUGACCAAUUACGAAUAUUGUCGCACUCAGACCGAGUACGAUGAAAGCCUGACGAUCAAAAAUUAUGUGUUCCAGUUUGUCAACUAUUAUUCAUCGCUUUUCUAUAUCGCGUUCCUUAAGGGCAAAUUUGUUGGCUAUCCGUCCAAAUAUAAUCGCAUCUUUAGCUUCCGCCAAGAGGAAUGCAAUCCAGGUGGCUGUCUCAUGGAACUCUGUGUGCAAUUGGUUAUCAUAAUGGUUGGCAAGCAGGCGGUUAAUGCUAUUGUUGAGAUGCUUAUACCCUAUCUAAUGCGCACCGCCAAGGAGUUAAAUCAAAAUUAUGGCUGGUAUAAACGGCACAGCGAACAGAAACUGGUGCCAUCCACCAAUCAAUUCACUGAGGACUUUAAUCUGCUGCCCGCCGAGAAUAAUUCACUGUAUGCAGAAUAUCUAGAAAUGGUUGUUCAAUACGGCUUCAUAACGCUGUUUAGCUUGGCCUUUCCAUUGGCGCCGCUGUUGGCGCUGAUUAACAACGUGAUUGAGGUGCGUCUCGACGCCAUCAAGAUGCUCCGAUUUGUUCGACGUCCUGUGGGCAUGCGUGCCCGAGAUAUUGGCGUAUGGCACAACAUUAUGACAGUCGUAACGCAUAUUGCAGUCGCCUCCAGCGCCAUGAUAAUUGCAUUUAGCACCAACUUUAUACCAAAGCUAGUCUAUAGAGCGACCCAUGAUGAUCCCGAGCUGAAUAACUAUUUGAAUUUUACAAUGGCUGGCUUUUAUACCAAGGACUACUCGAAUACCACGACCACGCUGCUGAAUGUCAGCAUGGAUGCUAAUGUGACAGAGUGCUUUUUCACUGAGUUCCGCAACAAUGCCUGGGAUAGGGACCCUUAUAAGCGACCUACUUUUUAUUGGAAGAUAUUGACGGCUCGACUCGCCUUCAUUGUCAUCUACCAAAAUAUCAUUACCAUGCUGCAGGGUAUAUUGCGUUGGGCGGUUCCUGAUGUUUCUGCCCGUUUGCUGAAGCGGAUCAAGCGCGAGAAUUUCCUGCUGCGCGAGCACAUCAUUGAGUAUGAGAAGAGACAGGUGCAGGAGCAGUCACAGACACAAUUACAAGCACAGCAAACAGCUGGCGAAGGAGCGGCUAUCUCAAAGGCAGAGCCAGAGGAGUCCUUGCGUCAGCGAUUAAAUGGCAACAAUGUCAAUGGCGACAAUGCCACCACCUAUGUCUGAGACUCUAUCUUCGCUUUUCUGUAAAAAACCAUGUUCUUUGCCAGCGAAAACCAAGUGCAUUUUAGUUGUAAGCCUCGAACGUUGUAUUUUGUUAGGGCAAGAAUACAGCUUAUAUAUUUUUGUAUAUACAACACACAAACACGCACAUACAUACAUAUGUAUAUCUAUUAUUGUUUUCUACUUUGUAUUAGAAAUUGCCCUGAAUUGUUGUUUAUAUUGUGUGCUGUACUUAAGGAUAGAAACUCAAUGUAUGCACAUUUUAAAUGCAAAUGCUCAAGGAAGUAUACAUAUGUAUAUAUGUAAAUACUACUUGAACAUAAAAUAUAUAUAUUUAUAUUAUAUACUUAAGUAUAAAAGCUGUUAAGAAGUUGCGGCAAGUUGCACAAUUUUUAUAUGUAAAUCCAAAAUGAAUUGCCAAAUUGAAAAGUGUUCGUAGAAAACCGCGACUGAUGCAACCGACACUCGAAAUUAGAUACGACAAGCUAUGUGUGUGUGUGUGAAUAGCCAUACAUACAUACAUACAUUUAUGUUUAUGUUUAUUUACUUAGCAUAGAGCCUUAGUAGAGCUUUUGUUGUUGCGUCGAAUUUAUCAAUGUUAUAUAUACAUACAUACAUACAAUUGUUAAACUGCUUUACACGCAUGCAGACACAACAAUCACAGGCACAUACACACACACACACUUGUCCAAUGCGCACUAGAUGUAUCUUUAUCAUACUCGUUAUUUUCAAACGAAUUCAUUUGUACCUUGUCGACGUGAAAAAUACCAAACUAAUCAAAUGCGUAUGCCUAGCAAAUGCAUAUGUAUGUUAACACUAAUAAACAAUCCAAUGUACCUUACAAUAUACACAACAAAAAAAACAACAACACAUAACAUGCAUACUUAUGUACUUUAUGUAAGUCGAAUCGUUCUUCUUACUCGUUACUUUUUCCACUCAUUGUAUUUGUUUUUGUUUUCGUUUUAUAGCUGUUUCUGUUCCCUUCGCCAAGCAAUCACAACAUACAUGUUUUAUACAAUAACAAAUGCAAUUACAAUUACGGUACGAAAUAGUCUAUUUUAUUAUUUUGAUAAAUAUAUAUAUAUAUAUACAAAAGAGAUGUGUUGCAAUCUGCAGGGUGUUCUAAUGUAAGUUUACAUAGCAUUGUUAACAUUUUACAAGAAGCAAAAAGAAAAAUUAUUAACAAAA